UAGUAAUACAUUAUAAUGGUUAAUCUUUUACUUUUAUUACAUCUCGGUUGUAAUCAACACAGUCAUCCGUCAUCAAUGUCAUUGAUUUGAUGGGUUGCAAUUGGGUCCAAAAGGUUUUCACUGACUGAAACUCCCAUGUCAUAAAAACUUGAGUCAUGAUAGCUGUAAGUCUAAAGGACAGCCUUCUGUUAAAAUAGAGAAGAAGCACCAUCAUUUCAAGGUGUGUGGGCUUGUUACACACAGUCACCUUUUGUAAAGCCCGAGAUACACUAUACUUUAAAAUGUUCACGAUGAAGACAAUUCUUUUCCUUGGAGUGUAUUUUAUUGGAAUUACAUUUGCUGCUUUACUUAGUAAAGAAGAUUGCAGUCUCUCUCCGGACACAGGUAAUGGAUCUCAAAAUCAAGUCCAAUUUCAUUUUGACCAAACAAUUAAGUUAUGCCAACCAUUCACCUACAAAGGAGAGGGGGGAAAUGCUAAUCGUUUUGCCAAGGAGGAAGAGUGCAUGAAGAACUGUUCCGACACACCUGAAGAUUUUUAUCCUGAUGACCGAAAAGCGUUGUGCGAGAAGCCAUCAGUCACAGGCGGCUGCUAUGGUAGGAUGCUUAUGUGGUACUUUAACAGCGUGGAAUCAACCUGCAAAUCCUUCAUUUAUAGCGGUUGCCACGGGAACGGAAACAGAUUUUCCACAAAGCAGGAAUGCUUGGAGUUCUGCAAAGGAAAAGCUGGUAGAGCACUUGGAAAUGAGGCAGUGGAAGAAAAACCUGAAGAAUCUGCAGUAGAUGAAGGACUGAUUGUGGGGAUUGUGGGUGGCUGCAUAUUUGCCGUUGCACUUGUUGCUGCAAUUGCCGUUUUUGUCACCCAAAGGAAGAGCCACAGUAAAAGAAGAACCACUGAAGUAGAGAUGAAGUGAGAAGCAAAACAACAGCAAAAAUACGUGUUGGAUCAGGAAUCAAAGUGCAUUUUCAGUAAAAAAAAAAUAUAAUAAUUUUAAUGCUGUACAUAAAAGUUUCUCAAAGCUUUUUUUCUCAAAAUUGUUAUCAACAGCACAAUGUAUUUUAUUCUAGGGAAAACGUCAAUUACAAAUCCAUGUGUCAUUGUCUAUUGCUGAUUGUAAUGAUGUGUUAAUUCAUUGAGAAGAUUAUUUACCGUACCUGCUUUCAAUAAAAUACGUUUUAUACAAACCAUCAA